AUGGCGGAGUCGGAGGAGGAGGUGGAUGUGUUGGUGCAAAGAGUUGUUAAGGAUCUCACUAAUGCUUUUAAGCGAAACCCCAAUAUAAAUGAGAUCGGUCUCAUACCUUGCCCGGAGGCCAGAUACAACAGAAGUCCCAUCGUCCUGGUUGAGAAUAAGCUGGGUGUUGAAAGCUGGUGCGUCAAGUUCCUACUGCCCUACGUGCACAACAAGCUACUGCUCUACCGACAACGCAAACAGUGGCUGGACCGGGAUGCUUUGGUUGACAUUACUAGUACAGUCCUGCUUCUAAACCCAGACUUUACCACUGCUUGGAAUGUGAGAAAGGAACUCCUCCAGUGUGGAGUGCUGAGUCCAGGUAAAGAUCUAUACCUGGGGAAAUUAGCUCUAACUAAGUAUCCGAAAAGUCCAGAGACAUGGAUACACAGGCGGUGGGUGCUGCAAAGGUUACAAAAAGAGCCAUGUGGCGCUGCUGAAAGGAGUGAAAACAGCGAGCAGAUACAGAGAGGGAUACAGGACGAGAUGAAGGUCUGUGCAGAUGCCGCAAGCCGCUAUAACAGCAACUACAAUGCGUGGUCCCAUCGUAUAUGGGUCCUGCAGCACAUGGCCAAUGGCAAUCUGAAGAUUCUUCACGACGAGCUCUCCUCUACCAAACACUGGGUGUCCAUGCAUGUGUCCGACCACAGUGGCUUCCAUUACCGCCAAUUCCUGCUCAAAGAACUGCUAGCAAAGUUGGGUCAAAGCCAGCAGCCUAAUGGGGGAAACGCACUUUGCACAGCGGAGGACUCUCAGCCCGACGUUAUUCCUCAGCUCUUUCAUCAUGAGAUGGAGCUCUGCACUGACCUAAUCGAGUCAUAUCCGGGCCACGAGACACUGUGGUGUCACAGACGGCAUGUGUUUUAUCUAUGGCAUCACUGGCGAAAGCAAAAUCCUGGUGCGGGGCCUCAAAAUCCAGCCAACACCCACGAUCUCCGUGACAACGGUUCAGAUCCCAGUGAUGAAAGCAGGAUCUCCCAUGCUAUGGACGUUGACUGUGCACUAGAGGGCAGCAAGCACGGAGGCUACACGCAGGACAGUAAACGACUGAAGCGAGGGCCUGCGCGGCCCUGCCCUACCCUCCCCUCCGAACACACGUUCAUCUCACGAAUCCUCGGCAUGUGCAGGAGCUCUGAACAGGUUCGUCUCGCCAAUGCCUACAGGAAGUGGCUGGACUCGGUCAUAGGUCAGUAGCCCGAGCUGUGCCUCUGCCCUCGAGGAUGCAGACGGGCCGUGAUAGAUCGACUUCACCUUGGCACAAUCCUGCACUGCUGUCUAAAAAUAGAGCAGACUGUGAGAGAAGUAAAGUCCCCUUCGUGAUGAAAACCACUGACAAGCCUGGACAGAGUAAAACUGGUCACAGUAUCUGCUUUCUCUCCAGGAUUCCAGGUAUCUUAGAUCUCAGGUCUGUUUUGAGUUAUUUGCAACUUUUUAUAUUGUUUUCUUUCCUUCUUAGCGUCUUUUCCAUCAUUUCUAGGUGCAAGAUAUUUUCUUGAUGCUGCCUUUAGUACACUUGUCGAGAAUUCGGUGUACACAGAGCCCCCAGUCCUAAACUAAUCCUAACUCACUUUCUCUUUUUUGUACAGUAAAAAAUCUGAGCACUUUGCUAGUCUGCCGUGUAAGCACAAUCAAAGAUAUUCAGCUUUCUCAAAACAAAGGAGCAUUAGGGAUCAAUCUUUAUUAUGUUUAAUACUUUAUUAUGUUUAAUAUUUAAUACAGAUGAAAUAAUUCAUGCUCACAGGGCUUAUGGGUUUAUGUAGGGUUUUUAAGUGAUGGUGUAUCAGUGGGUUGUCUCUCACAUUUAGGCCUGGGCUUCUAUUGCACGGCAUACUAAAAGUGGCGUAUCAUGCCACAUCUUGUGGUUUAUCAAUAAACAACAACAAAAUGAA